CCUCCUCAGUUCAUCACCCCGCUCUCAUUGCAAAGCUAUUCCAAGCCGAACCCAUCCACCAAGAUCGACCGAUCGACGCGUGGAUGCAUCCGCUUCGUGCCCCGGCACCCGCCGCCGCCGCUGCAGCGCUCUGCUCAGCCACACUGCUACUAUCAAUCGUAGCCAGCCACGCCAUCAACACCACGACGGCGCCGCCGUCGUCGCCGUCUUCCUGCGAGCCGGCGACGUGCGGCGGCCUGCGCAUCGCGUACCCGUUCUGGCUCGGCGGGACCCACCCGCCGGAGUGCGGCUACCGGGCCUUCCAGGUCGGGUGCGACCGCGACGGCACGGCGUCCCUCAAGAACUCCAUCUGGAGGUACCAGAUCCUGGAGAUCUCUUACGAGAACAGCACCUUCAGGGUCGCCAACUGGGAUCUCUCCGACGGCACCUGCGACAUCGAGGUCCACGUGAACGCCUCCUCCGACCUCGGCCUCGCGCCCUUCAGCAUCAGCCCGACCAACCAGGAGCUCUUCUUCCUCUACAACUGCACCGACCUGCACGCGCGGCCGGCGCCGCCUACGUGGGCGCCCGUGAACUGCACCAAGGGGUCCAACGUAUCCACGUUCAACUCGUUCGCGUUGCUAGCCGGCGCGUACAAGCCCGACGACAAGUGGGGGGCCGUGCCGGGGAACUGCACGGUGUCGAUGAUGCCGGUGCUGGGGUACCCGGGGGCGACCGGCAAGGACUACUGGCGGCUGAUGAAGGGCGGGUUUCUACUCGACUACACGGCCGGCGACUGUGAGGCGUGCAAGGGGAGCGGUGGACGCUGCCGGAUUGACACCGACUACGAUAUCUUCCAGUGCCACUGCUCCGACGGCGUGUCCUACCUCGUCGUCUGCGGUCAGUACCAGUUCAUCUCGUGUUUACCUCAUUUUAGAUUCCGUACACCUGUUACUUAUAUUAGUAAAGUUUAGCUAAAUGAGCACCUUAUUACGUACUAGUAUUAUUACUCUCAAUGAUCUACACGCUUUUAUAUUUCUUUACCGAGGGACUACUUUAUAAAUGAGCUUAUAUGCCAUUAUUAU